CCUUCUUUCCCGGCCAAAGUCACAGAUAUCACCGGGCGAUUCUGCAGUGGACGGUCCACUGUGAGCAACAACAGUUCACCUCCGAUCCGCGAGCUAGCCGCUUCUGACCGGCGUGUGCACGCGUCAGACGGGACCUGCUUGGAACUCGAUCCGUGUGGACCAGAUUUACGCUCGGUGGUCUCUCUCCGUGUGGACCAGUCAGGCCGGCCGUUUAGACGUUGUUCCGCCGUGGUCACCGACGGGAACCGUAGCGAAAUUUUUCAACGAUUUCACCCCUUCUUGGUCUAAUCGAUAACAGACCGAACACAAUUCAAAGAAUAAAUCUACACCGUCGCGUUUAACGAACUGGAAUCGAUACCGAUCGGGAGUUAGCUACCCUGCAAGCUGCUCCAGUUUCUUUCAGUCGUACACCUUGUGUAUCCAAUCGUUCGGGGAUCGAGGAAAAACGUUUCUAUCAGACUGUAAUAACAUCUUCGGAAGUUUCUUCGUGACCGACCAACGCAGUGGAAUAAAUUAUUCAAGUAUUUCAUUGAAAUGUAGGUUUCCGUCUACUAUAGUUCUUGGAUAGGAUGGUUUGAUGACCGAGUCUUUUGGUGAUUUUAAACGGACAAUUUGCUACGGGUUGUACUGUUCGAGAUUCUUUGUGACUGACAUGAUUAUUUGAAGUGUGGUACUUCUGGGAUUUAGAGGAUCGUUGCUGAACAAUUUGUGUCGUGCUGAAUUAGCUGUACGUCUUCGCUGUGAUUGAAUCGAGAAUUGAAUUGAUAUUUAGGGGAAUAGUGAACUCGCGAGUGUGUUGGUUUUCCGAGAUUGUUAAGAAUGUUACUGACGUUGUCGAUUUGUUCAGGAUUUUUAUUACAAUGGUGGAAUUCGAUUCGGGACAGGGAGUGGAAUGCUCAGGUGUUUCAAAGUGAACGUGUGUUUGUGGUUGCCGGUGGUGCUCGAAUAAGCUUUCGAUCAAAUGUUUUGUAACGAGAUCCGCGAUGGCAUUGGCGGUACUUACGAAUUACACUUAAUCAGUGUGAAGAGCCUACGUUAAAUAUUAAUUGGCAUUAUUCGUAGUGGACGCAGCGACGUGAAACAUUGAGAGGUAUCAUACAUAUAUUUACAUUCUUCGUGGAUCAACUGAAAUGAAGGUAUCUCGAUUCGAUAUAGUAACAAUGAAAAUGAAUAAUACUAGUUGCGAAUAAUCUGCAAAAACGAUAAUUAAGUUCUGCUGUCGAAAUUAUCAGUCUAUGUGAAUUGUUCUCGUGUCGGUACGAAGACUCUUUUUAACAUUAACAUUUCCUUAAAUUUGUAAUUGGCUUCAGAUCAUUUAUCAAAUUUGAUGUGUUAAUAUGGUGUGAGAGAAGGUGCCACUGAUUAGGAGUAAACUGUUAACCCUACAAUAGAAAACUAUUGUAAUCAGUGCUAAGAUGAAGAACAAGAAAAUAGUGGAAGAACCGUGCUGGAUUACGGACACUCGAGAUUCGUGCGUCGUUGAUCGACAUUUAAUCGAAACACCGUUGUAAGGAUGCCGCAGUACGACGACACUUUCCUGGAGUCGCCGAUUUUUCGGCGACGCACGCGUAGCUACGCGGUGCAGAAGGAGUUCGUGCCGAAGUCGAGGAGCUUCAUCACGGCCACACCUUUGCUGCUGGCCGUGACCAAUCACGCCAGGACUCUUUCCGGUUCCAUAUCGACCUGCAACUUAAAAGAAGUAGAGGAGCGGUCCGGCGGGAAGGCGCGCGGCGGUAAACUAGCGCGUCGUGCGCGCUCCUUCAAGGAGGACUUCCUGGAGAAGCUCUCCCAGAUGCGUUCCCCAGGCAGCGGCAGUGGCAGCGGCGGUGGGGGCAGCGGGGCGGCUACGAGGGCGGCUUCACCCUCCUCGCCGCGAACGCCGCGGGACAAGAACGCGCCCGGGUGCACCGAAACCGCAGCCACCAUCGACAAGAACCCCAUCCGAGAUCUGCACAUCCACGUGCGGCAGGUGCAGCUGGCGUUGCUCCACUUCAGGGACGUGGUGUCCAAGAAGAAGCUCGAGAUGUUGCCGGGGAACGGCACCAUCGUCCUCGACACCGUCACCACGAUACACACCGUGCUGAAGUCCUAUCUACUUUACGAGAAUAGCUCCACUCUGGGUUCAGCGACGAAUCAAGUGUAUCAAGCACUAGCGCAAUUGUUAAAGCUCUGUGACGAUGUGUUGCUGCACGGCGAUCAGUCAUCGGCGUUGGACACUGAGAAUGUGACGCACAUCAUAGGAUUAGUUGAAGAAGCUGUGAAAAAUUUGGUUGCUCUGGCGAACGAGAAGAUCGCCAACAGACAGAAACCUGCAGCUGUCCCUGCUAAUAACAGAACGUCGGGUUAUGGGUCGGAAUUGACGCCACAAAGAAAUUCCUUACCCGAUAUUCCGCUAACCCCGAGGGAACGGCAGAUUUUAGAGCAGACCGCUGCGACUACUAGUCUGGUCCGUAGUUCGCAUAGUUCCGAGUCGAUUUUAAGGGAUUCUAGUCCACCCCCAAAACCACCACUCCCUGAGAGAACUAAUGUGUGUCUGUCGGAGGAAAAUAGUUCUUCUGGGACACCACCACCAUUGCCCCCGAAACGGAGGACACGGGCUCAACAACUGUUAGACGAGUCCGAAGGUCUUUUAGCAUCUAGUCUUGAUAGGGUCUCCUUGCGAAGUCGAUCUCCAGAGGAUUCGUCGUCACUUUUAAGCGCAUCAGCCGGAAGUUUGGAUUCGGCUUUGAAUCAUUCUCGUGACGAGGAUGAGAUUAGAGCGAUCAUGGGACCAAACGACGAGUCUCUGAACGACAGUAUGGAUCUCAGCUUAAUGGCUACUAUUCAAGGCAUGCAAGUUAAUGGUACUUCAAACUGUAGUCGUUGGGACGGUUCCGAAUCCAGUAUACCGAGCACUAUGUUGUUGGGUCAACAAACUCCCCAAGAAAUGCUUAACGCAUUUACCGGUAUGGAAGGAAAAAUAGAACGAUUAUCGACCCAAACGCAAGAGUCCGGUUUCGUAUCCAUGCACUCACAACGAAGUUCAUCCCAAAGUUACACCGCUUCCAGUGUCACAUCAAAAAGAUCCUCCCAGCAGAGCAGCAUUAGUUACAAUUCUCAGACGUUUAAUUCGCAACAGCAAUCGUUUUCUCAGACCAAGGUGUCUUCUGAUAGUAAUGGGUCCAUAUUCACCCAGAAGACAAUGAGUAGUUCCAAAAGUACUAUUAGCACAACAAAUAUAUCUGGAAACGGGGAUCCUGCGUUGCUGGAAAAAUUGGUAAAUGAAAUAGAAUCGAUUUCUGUGUCAGACACAAACGGCGUGCCACCGGCAUUGCCAGAAAAACGUUCCAAACGUAGAAAAGAACGUCAGCCGUCGCAGUACGACAAUGUACCUGAGAACGAGCAUUUAUCAACCUGUAGUUUACAUACCAGUAACGGCGAUAGUCCGGAUACCAGUAAACCACCGCCGCUUCCGCUCAAAAAGAGGCACAUGUUCCAAUCAGUGGCAUAUUCUGUCAUGGCAUACAUGGAGAUGUUUGGGAACUGUUCCCACAGUAACAAUGACUUCAUCUCUGGUCUUGGGACUCGCCAUUCAGUGGCAGCUUAUAAUUCAAUGCAAGCAGAAUGGCAAAAACACGAGAUGGCCCUUACCACUACUCAGUCAUGCUCUUUUAUGGCACACACUUUGACUACGUUACAUGACAGCUCAAAUACCUCCAUAACUAUGACACCACCCGUAACUGAAAUAACAAAUAAUUCUAGUCUCCCACCAGCAUUGCCACCAAAGAGAUCCCGUUCCAUUAAAACAAACGCGACACCUCCACCUAUUUCACCAAAACCUACCAUCAGCAUGCAAAGUAUACAUACAAUCGACCCAAUAGUAACAUCGACUCCAGUGAAAACAGAAGAAUCGGUUUGUAUUCACGAGAAGAAAGAGCUCACACCUUCGACUCCAGUUAAAUUGAAUAAUGUUACCUUAGAUACGAUAUUGCCAUCAUCGAGACCUGCAAGCAAUGCUCUAUCAUCAAUAUCAGUUGAUGAAAACACUCUUGAAUUGAGAGAUGUCGAUCAAGAUGACAGUAUUCUAGAUGAACUGGACAUCAGCAAGUAUUUAGUGUUGAAAAAACCUGACGAAGAUGGGCCAGAUAUACGUGGAGGACAUCCAGAUGCUCUGUUAAUUCAUGCAACCAAAGCUAAUAAACAUGAUGAAAAAGAGUCAGACUUUCUAUAUCAAGAAGCAUUCUUAACAACAUAUAGGACUUUUAUGCAGCCACUCGAAUUAAUUCAGAAAUUACACAGACGCCAUCAACGAUUCUCUUGCUCCGCUGAUCUUGUUAAGCAAAGGGCAGCUCGCGAAGCAUUUUCCUUAUUAGUUAGAGUCGUUAGUGAUUUAACUAUGUCGGAUCUUGAUGAUACUCUUCUACAAACCUUAAUGGAAUUCGUGCAACAAUUAGUAUGUAGCGGUGAUCUCACCAUGGCGAAGGCUCUACGAGUAAAAAUUUUAGAGAAGCAUCAAGCAAAACAGUUACAAUCAGCACAGCCAAUUCUUUCGUCGCUGAGCGUGACAACAAAGCAAGCUUCUCUCCUCGAUUUUAAGAGCGAACAAAUAGCUGAACAAAUGACGCUAUUAGAUGCGGAUCUAUUCAUGAAAAUUGAAAUACCGGAAGUGUUGAUCUGGGCCCAAGAACAGAAUGAGGAACGAAGUCCGAAUCUAACCAGAUUCACGGAACACUUUAACAAAAUGUCAUACUGGGCCAGAUCGAGAAUUCUAGAGCAUAGGUUAGAAAAUGAGGCGAAGGAUAGGGAGAAAUACGUGGUUAAAUUUAUUAAAAUAAUGAAGCACCUUAGAAAGAUUAAUAACUUUAAUAGCUAUCUAGCCUUGCUUUCUGCACUGGAUAGCGCGCCUAUUAGAAGGCUCGAGUGGCAAAAGCAUAUUACAGAAGGCUUAAAGGAAUAUUGUGCUCUUAUCGAUAGUUCUAGCAGCUUUAGAGCUUACAGACAAGCUCUGGCUGAAACGCAACCGCCAUGUAUUCCGUACAUCGGUCUCGUAUUACAAGAUCUCACAUUCGUGCAUAUUGGAAACAGUGAUUUAUUACCUGAUGGCACCAUAAACUUUUCAAAAAGAUGGCAACAGUUUAAUAUUGUUGAGAAUAUGAAGAGGUUCAAAAAAGGGACAUACUCCUUUAAGAAACACGAACGUAUAAUAACGUUCUUCAACAAUUUCAGUGAUUUCCUCUGUGAGGAGGCAAUGUGGCAGAUUUCAGAAAGCAUCAAACCGCGCGGAGGUAAAAAGGCCCAGUCACAGAACUAGAAUAUAUCUAACCCUUUCACUGCCUGCGUCUCAAAAUCGAAAGGCUGAACCAAUGAAUUAGAAUGUUUAUAUUUAUGGUAUUUAAAUAAACGCUUAAUUGCAAAACCAAACGAAAAUUAUACAACACUCCGAUGGCGGUGAAAGGGUUAGCUUGGUCUACCCCGUUUCAACAGCCUCUGUGAGGUUGUAUUUUAUUUUAUGGAAAUUUUAAUAUUCAGUCCAUAAUUGAAGAAAACAAAAGCUAAGAGCCCAUAUUUAGAUUAAACUGAGACUUGAUGUAUUCAUUUUAUUUAAUAUAAUCAUAUUAUGCGGAUAUCGAUUGAAUCGAAACGUCGAAAGUUGUGAGGUUAGAGGGACUCUAAAUGGAUUAGAUAGAUCAAAUGAUGUCUCAAAUGCAUUUUUGUAGAUAUUUUCCUUUUGCCAUAAGAUAGUGUGGAAAACCAUAUUUGCUAUGAACCUAUGCAACAUUUACUUAAAAAGAUGCAGCUGUAAUGAUGCUUAACAUAGCACGAAGGGCAUA